AUGGUGGCCGAGCGUGCCUUUCGUCGGCAGGGUUUUGGCGAGGAGGCCGUGCGGCUUUUGAUAAGUUACGCUAUUGACAAACUCGGCGCCUCAUGUUUUAUUGCGAAGAUUCUGAACACCAACACGUCCAGCAUUCGCCUUUUUAGGGAGAAGCUGGGCUUCACCUUACUGAAGGAGGUUCCUGUCUUCAAGGAGUUGCAUUUUGUUAAGUGCUUUACCAGUGCGGCGGAGCGGGUGGCGUGGAGGUGCGCUGUUGCCUACGCCGUCAGCGAGUAUGAUGCCACCACGGAAGAGGCGAUACGCAUCUUACAUUUUGUGCCGGAUACCGCUGAGUGCCGCAGGUAUGAAGCCGAAUAA